UUUUAAAUCUAUUUAAAAUUUCUUUUUUUAGAGUCUGGGAAAUUCACAGAGAGAAUAUGAAAAGCAGGUUGUCCUGUACAGUAUCCGUAAUCAGUUACGAUAUAAAAAUAACUUAGUUAAACAUGUCAAGAAAGAAGAACGUAAAUACUAUGAGGAACUACUAAAAUAUAGCCGAGAUCAUCUCAUGCUGUACCCUUACCAUCUAUCGGAUAUUAUGGUAAAGGGCCUGAGGAUAACACCAUUUUCAUAUUAUACUGGGAUUAUGGAGGACAUUAUGAACAGUGAGAAAAGUUAUGAUUCUUUGCCCAAUUUUACUGCUGCUGACUGUCUAAGGCUUCUCGGCAUAGGAAGGAACCAGUACAUUGAUCUGAUGAAUCAGUGUAGAUCAUCAAAAAAAUUUUUCAGAAGGAAAACGGCCCGUGAUCUUCUACCAGUGAAGCCAGUGGAAAUUGCCAUAGAGGCGUGGUGGGUGGUGCAGGCUGCGUAUAUCACAGAAGAUGACAUAAAGAUAUGCACUUUGCCUGAGAAAUGCGCUGUUGAUAAGAUCAUCGAUGCAGGCCCUCAACUCUCUGGAUCACUAGAUUACAAUGUAGUACAUAGUUUAUAUAACAAAGGAUUUAUAUAUCUGGAUGUACCAAUAUCUGAUGACAGUUGUAUAGCAGUUCCUCCUCUGGAAGGUUUUGUAAUGAAUCGAGUGCAAGGUGAUUAUUUUGAAACUCUGCUCUAUAAGAUAUUUGUUUCAAUAGAUGAGCAUACUAAUGUUGCAGAGCUUGCAAAUGUCCUUGAGAUAGACUUAUCUCUGGUGAAGAAUGCUGUUUCAAUGUAUUGCCGAUUGGGCUUUGCCCAUAAGAAGGGACAAGUAAUAAAUUUGGAUCAACUGCAUUCGUCGUGGAGAAAUGUUCCAUCCAUAAACAGAUUAAAGAGUACUUUAGAUCCACAAAAGAUGCUCCUGUCAUGGGAUGGCGGGGAAAGCAGGAGUCCUGUACAAGAAGCUUCGUCGGCUACUGACACUGAUACAAACAGUCAGGAAGAUCCAGCUGACACAGCCAGUGUAAACAGUUUGAGUUUGUCUACAGGAUAUACAAAGCGUAUUGCAUUCCUAUUUGACUCAACUCUCACUGCCUUUUUAAUGAUGGGAAAUCUUUCACCAAACUUGAAAAGCCAUGCGGUCACAAUGUUUGAAGUUGGCAAACUCUCAGAUGAGUCUUUGGACAGCUUUCUUAUAGAACUAGAAAAGGUUCAGAGCACUGGUGAAGGAGAAGCACAGAGAUAUUUUGACCAUGCACUUACUCUGAGAAACACAAUACUGUUUCUUCGUCAUAAUAAAGAUCUAGUUGCACAAACUGCACAACCAGACCAACCCAAUUAUGGUUUUCCUCUGGAUCUCCUGCGCUGCGAAAGCCUCCUCGGUUUGGAUCCUGCGACUUGCAGCAGAGUUCUAAACAAAAAUUACUCGCUGCUCGUCUCCAUGGCUCCCCUCACCAAUGAGAUUCGGCCUGUCAGCAGCUGCACUCCUCAGCAUAUUGGACCAGCUAUCCCAGAAGUCAGUUCUGUGUGGUUUAAACUGUACAUCUACCAUAUCACUGGACAGGGACCACCAUCUCUUUUACUGUCCAAAGGUACAAGACUGCGUAAACUGCCAGAGAUAUUCCAGGGUUAUGAUCGAUUACUAAUAACGUCUUGGGGUCAUGAUCCUGGGGUGGUUCCUACGUCAAAUGUGCUCACAAUGUUGAAUGAUGCUUUAACACAUUCUGCGGUUUUGAUUCAGGGACAUGGUUUGCAUGGGAUAGGAGAAACUGUCCACAUACCGUUUCCAUUUGAUGAGACAGAGCUACAAGGAGAGUUUACUCGUGUCAAUAUGGGUGUUCAUAAAGCAUUGCAGAUAUUGAGGAACAAAGUGGACUUGCAGCAUUUUUGUGGAUAUAUCACCAUGUUGAAUGCUUCGAGCCAACUUGCAAACAGAAAACUCAGUGAUGCUUCUGAUGAGAGAGGGGAACCUGAUUUGGCUUCCGGCUCAGAUGUAAAUGGGAGCACAGAGUCAUUUGAAAUGGUCAUUGAGGAAGCAGCUAUAGAUUCAGCAACUAAGCAAAACUCUGUUGCCACAGCAGAAGCAGAUUGGGUUCCUCUCGAGCUAUGCUUCGGAAUUCCACUGUUUAGUUCUGAGUUAAACCGGAAAGUUUGUAGAAAAAUUGCUACACAUGGCCUUUGCAGGAAAGAGAGCCUUCAAAACCUCUUACAUUCCAGUAGAAAACUCUCUCUACAAGUCCUUAACUUUGUUCACUCAUUCCAGGAAGGUGCUUCAACACUGGACAUUCAUACAGAGGCCAGUUUUUCAAGUUUGCUUUCACAGUCAUCUUAUGCCGAUUUGGGAGUUCCACUUCCUGCAAAGAACUUAAUAUUUAAAGAUGGCAUCUUAUCAGAAUGGAGUGGACGGUCACCUUCCUCACUUGUUAUUGCUAAUCUCCAUUCGCAAUAAUUUGGUUACGCCAUUUGUUGCUCACACUCUGCCUUUUUUCUUUCUUAACGUUAGCUUUAUAGUGGCGGCCACUAAAAAGCAUCCUGCUGCUGCAGUGCAAUUCAUGCUUAACUCAUGUUAAAAGUUGGGGGAAUAUGUUCAUGUUUUGGAAGUUUUCCUCAUCAUUGCCCCUCCUAAAGCAACAAAGAGCUUUUUAGCAGUCUGCACUGUAUUUUUUACCUUGAGACAAUCUGUAUUUCUUUUAUAAAACUGAGGAUAUACUUUAUAGGCUUUAUGAUGACUAUUCUGUUUAUAAGCAGUCACUAUGAAUAUUGCAGUGGUAAUUUUAUAUGUUCGUUUAUGAAACAUAAAUCUCAUUUAAUUUUAUAUUUUGUUACCUACUCUUUAGAGGAUCAUGGGAAGAGGUGGCACUCUUCCUCUGAAAGGCUUCUUGGUACUUAAAGUAGCAAAAUUGUAAAACAAUAAGCAUCCACUGCUGAGAGGCGAUUGGAGGGGGCAUUAAAAAUUCCCGUGGAUGUCUGUAAAUUUUGUUUAUCAUUUGGACAUGGUCGAAGGUAUGUAAAUCAGCAUAGUUAUGUAUAACUUAACCUUGAUUUGUAAGGUCUUAACUCAGACUCUGACUAUACAUUGACAUCUCAUGAGAAGCUUUGGAAAAUAUCCUGUUUUUAAACAACAUUUAUAUGUGGACUUCCAUUGUCAGUCACUUUGGGCUUUAUAUUUUCAUAGAGUCUUUAUGGAAAAAUAGAAUUUAUUUUCCACUCUUGUAACUGUGGCUGCUGCAUGUUUUCAUUGUGAUUUAUUUUUGUUCAGUAGUUUUACCAAUGAAUUGUUAUGAAAUUGAAUUUGAUGUUUUCAAACCAAGGAUUGUGAUUUUAGGUUAGAAUUAUAUAAUAGAAGUAUUAAGGCUGUAUCUUCCAAUCAGAAUAAUUCAAUGAAAAAUCUACUUUGAAGACACAUUCUUAGGCAAUUUGGGUCUUAAAUUUAUAUGGAUAGUUUUGGAGGAAAUGAUAAAGAAGUAUUGAAUAAUUUCGAAAUGUUUCUUGAGCCAUUGAUUCUUUUAGUGUCUCACGUGUUAAUUAGAAUAAUUGGAAUCACUUUUUAGAUUUUUCACGUUACCUUGGGAAGUUUGUGCAGUGUUAUAGUUUAGUUUAUCUCUUCUCAUAGGAUAAUGGUUUGCUAGUUUAAAACUGUAACCACACUAACUCGUCGAACAACAUAUAUCUAAAACACUUAAACAUUAGAAAAUUCGGGAAUGUUCUAACUUAAACAUUUUUGCUGACAAUUUUUGUUAUUUAAAGAACAGAUAUUUGUAAAUUUAACAGACUUCUGGAAAUAUAUGCCUUUUUAAAAAAACUGUUAACAUGACCAUGCAUUCAACACCAUGACCUACCUAUAGAGUUGAAUAUUUUGGAGCAGUAUACCUGUGGCACAGUCCGUGCUGUGUUUGAGGUAAAUGCAGUAACGUUUAAUUUUCCACUUUCUCUUUGAAGAGGUAGAAACCAAUUGUAUGCUAUAAAUGUUUGUCUAUAAAAGGAAAAAUACUAAUAUUAAAAUAAUUUCUUAUGACUGUGAACCACUCAUUUAUUUUUCCAAUAAUUGAUAUUGUACAUUCCUAGUGCUAUUAGGUAUGUAUGCAACUUUUACAGUUUUCAACCGAAAGUUGUAUUUCAUUUGAUCAGGGCUCCUUAAUCUCAUUUUCAUUUGCUUUGUUUGAAUUAACUGUAGUUAUUUUAUUUAUUCCUCUGUUAGUAAUCUAAGCCUACUGUAGUGACAUGUACACUAAUAAAGAAUCAAAUAUUUGUAGUUGUUGGCAGUGAACCAAGUCGUUGCUGAAUUUAAAACUUAAAAUAUGGGAGUGAUUUGCUGCUACGUUUUUUUUUUCUUUGAGAGAGAAUGAAGGAAGAAAUAGAACCUAAUAAUGAUCAUGCGUUUUAGGGAAAGUAUUGAAAAAGCAUGUGGCCAACUCUGGUUUCUCCUGUGAAUGAGGAAAGAUUCUGAUUCCUAGCUGAAGACCUCUGAUACUUUUAGGGAGGGAUAAUCUGCAUUUUUAGAGCUGUUAGCAAAAUGUGAAGGCUGCUUUUUGCUUUGCUUUAUGAAUUUGGUUUUGUUUCAUUCAUACAUUAACUCAUGUAAAGAUGCAUCUUUUAAAUUUUAUAAGUGUUGACCUAGUUCAACAAAAGGUAAAUUUAAAAUAUAAACUUUAUUAUUUGCCAAAGAACAUUUAUGAAAGAAUUUUUAUCCAGUUUUUUUUUUUUUUUUGCAGAUUUUUAAAGUGAUUUCAUUGGCUUAUUGGAACCCCCUUACUUCCCUCCCCCCUUAAUGUAGCUUAAAUCCUGGCAAACAUUCCUUAGAAACCAAGAGAAAAAUAUCAAAAAGGACAUAGAAUUUAGUAUGAUACAGUUUCACCUCUCAAGUAGGUCUAAAGAAAUGCAAAUUUGUCAUUAAAAAGUAUUUGAUCAUCUGAGUUCCUUGAUUUCUUUCUUUUUAAAUAUGUAAUCAGAAAUUUUGUAUUUUUUUGGAAUAUCAUUUUCUUUUAUUCAGUGUUUUCGGUUGUCUCUGCUAUUCAUCUUUCUCUUUUAUGUUCAGUGUUUCAAAUACAGUUUGUGUUUAAAAGAUUUUAAAAGUACCAAAACUGUAUAUACAGUGAGUUGUUUUCUGGUAUGAUGUUAAUAUUAUACAAUGAAAUGUAUAAAGUGUUGUCAAUUUGAUUAUUGACAGAUAUAAUAUGUUUACAAAUAAACUGUGGUGUUGCUCAAGUUA